CAUGCCGUCGCGCCGAUGUCUCUGUGCAACAAAGCUAAUUGUAAAUCCGCUAAGAGCAACUCGGUCGACGUGGAAGUGCACGACGCGCAUAUCGGCAAACAAAUGUCGAGGACGUUGCUAUUCCUGACUAUCGGCGUGCUCGCGAAGGUGUUCGGAUUACCCAACGGAGCACCACCGGAGACAUGCUUGCAUCUGACGCCACGCCACCCCGGCAGCUCCCUCCAGUCGUCGUAUCCGCCUUAUCAGGUGCUACCCGCAGCCGGACAAGGCAGGAUCCGACUGAUCCUCGGGAGUCCCCAGGGCCUCGCGUACGAGGGCUUCAUGAUAUUCGCCAGAGACAUCGACACCGGGGAAUACGUAGGCGAAUUCGCGAACCUGCCCGAUUCCGCGAAGAUCGUCGAGUGCACGCAGGGCGUAAAGAAUGGCGUGACUCAUGUGAAUACCAGCAAGAAGCAGAAUCUUGAGUUUGAUUGGGAGGCUCCGGUUGGUUACGAGGGUACUAUUAUCUUCAACUCCACCUUCGCUCAGGAUUACAGCACGUACUGGGUCGGUGUGGAGUCGCCUCGAGUCACCGUUCUUAAACGAUCUAUCGACGUGUUGACCACACCUACGCCCAUCACCACCUACAGGACCACCACACCGCCGUACCACAUCCAGACCGUCGAUUAUACGACGAAGGUCGAGGAGGAUCCGUUCUACACGGACUGCAGCAGCACGAAGAAUUGCUUCGGCGCACCUGCCGGCUGCGUGAAAAGCAAGGACUGCAUCGCCGCGGUGGCCGUGAUCGUGCAGGGCGACCAAUAUAUAUUUGAGCUGCAGGCGCAGAGAAACGCGAGAUACGUCGCCGUCGGCCUGUCGGACGACAAGAAUAUGGGUGACGACAGCGUAGUCGAGUGCACGAACGAGGGUGGCGAAAUUGCGUUACACAUGUCUUGGAAUUCCGGAAAGCGUAAUACGCGCCAUAUGACGCCGGAAGGUGCGGUCCAGCUUGAGUCCGGAACGGCGAAAGAUGACGUGAUCUACUGCAAGUUUCGGCGGGAUAAGCUCACCGCUGUUCAGGGACGAACGUAUGACCUCGUCAACACUCCGUACCAUCUCCUUGUGGUUGCCGGCACGAAACUCAGAUCGAACGGCGUCGACUUUCACGACCUCGUCUAUCUCGGGACCAGCGUCUCCAAGAAGCUGUCCGACGUUGGGGAAUGGACCGCGGCCAGCGACAUACUGAUUCGCGUUCACGGCGCGCUCAUGUUGGCCUCGUGGAUCGGCACGGCCUCCAUCGGGAUGCUGCUCGCGCGAUAUUACAGGCAGACGUGGGUCAAUUCCCAGCUGUGUGGAAAGGACCACUGGUUCGCCUGGCACAGGUUCUUCAUGGUGCUUACCUGGUCGAUGACGAUCGCGGCCUUCGUCAUAAUAUUCGUGGAGCUGGGCACAUGGAGCAGCGCGACGAUACACGCCUCUGUCGGCCUGGCCACUACAAUUCUGUGCUUUAUUCAGCCCUUCAUGGCGGCUAUGAGACCGCAUCCCGGCGCACCACGAAGAGCUCUUUUCAAUUGGGUCCACUGGUUCGUCGGUAACGUGGCGAAAAUCUGCGGCCUAAUCGCGAUCUUCUUCGCGGUGCGACUGAACAAGGCCAGACUUCCAGAUUGGGUUGAUUGGGUUCUUACCGCAUUCGUGGUAUUCCACGUUCUGAUUCACCUCAUUCUUACGUUCCUCGGAUGCGCCUCUGACAGACAAGCCAGUCAGAGAGUGAAUUCAUUCCCAAUGAAAGACAUGCAUUCUCGUGGAUCAAUGGUGCACCCGGAUGCAAGGCGAGACGCCCCGCACUCCGGCAUGCGGAAGUUCAUUUUCGCUGUGUACUUUGUGGUUGUCGCGGCGUUCGUCGCGGCCCUCGUGGUGAUCACCGUGUUAGCACCUAUUGAGGAGACGUGGGCCACCUUCACCAACACCAUCUCGAAUUACUGAGGUCGCUAAUCAACGUCGCGGCGGUGGCACACACAGACACACGCGCUCACACGGUCGUGCGCGUGUCAUCGCGCGACACGUCGCAGCGCGAAGGAAGCUCUCGAGCGCGGAGAACGCGGCCACGCGGCGAGUUUGUCACGAGCCGAACGUUGUGUUCACGGGUAACCUCCCGUAUGCAAAUUGCUGCGAAGAAUGCGCAAAUCUACGCGCGAGGAUGCAAAUGGGACCACGGCAGCGCGCACACGAGAACGAGAACGAAAGGAUUGGCGGCGCUGAUUGUUUUUACUCUUCUUCUCUCUCCUCUUCUCUCUCUCUCUCUCUCUCUCUCUCUCUCUCUCUCUCUCUUUCUCUUUCGCAUUUAGACGUUCACAUUAUUGUCUGUUCUUGAUUAUAUUUGAUAAUUAGAUGUAGGUUUCUUUGUACACACACGUUCCUCAUUCAUUCAGAGGAGGCUAAAUCCACGGUUGUAUGCGUGUUUUCCUGCACGUUCGUCCUGUGCGAUUAUACGCGAAUUAACGUUCCGUAUGCAAGAUUAAUUGAUUAGUAGCGUAGAAAUUUCUGACUAUUUUUCUGCAAUGAUAUUUUUGUAUCCAUUUGCGAGUAAAUUUUGGCAGGAAGUCGAUGGCAACUACUGAAUGGUUUAAUGCAAUCAAUCAAGCCAGGUCGCGAAUUCACGAAUGUUGGAACGUGAUUAAUAUCGAAGUCGCAUCAAUGAAUCGGACGGAUGUUAUCUUUAUAUAGAGGUGUCACGUAUGAAAUUUUCCGCGCGUUAAGAGAAGUGUAAAAUAAGCGAAUGUCACGUACAAGCAUGAAAUAAACUCGAGCGCGAGACGCACCUCUUGUGAGUCACUCUUUUUCUUCCGAUAUAAUGAAUUAUCUCGCGCACUUUCGACGCUCGUGGCAUCAAUAAAGUAAAGUUUCUUAUUGAUGCGAUUUCCUUAUUGAAUCACGUGUUUACAGCGAACACGAGUUCGCCGCACGGUAGCAUGUGCACUUUUCAUUAUCAUGCAAUUAUCGCUAAUUAUUUAUAUACGAGCGUAACGACCGAAAUGCGAGCAAAAGUUCCAUCACGUCGUGAAACUUCUUUGUAUCGACAUCGAGAAAGGAUCGAGAUCAUCUUUUUGAGAGUUCAUUAUAUAUUCAACAUGCGUUUAUACUUAUAUUUAAAUCGUCGAGAGAGAGAGAGAGAGAGAGAGAGAGAGAGAGAGAGAGAGAGAGAGAGAGAGA